AUGGAUGUUGACUCCCCAGCCCCAUCGCCCCCAGGGCCGCCGCCUUCGUCCCUUACACCUGCGAAUCGCAUCGCUGAAUUGAACCAAAUCGACCACUCUAUCUCUACCCUACUCUCGGCGGCCUCGGAUGCAGUCGGAAUCUUGUCCAACUCGCCUACCUCGGAAGCACAGCGAAAUGAGCUGAAGACCCUGGAGUCUGCGCGCAGUGCUUUCACAGCCGCCGCCGAAAUCUACUUCUCAACCCUUUCCUCGAUCGAGGUUCGAUUGCGGCGUCAAGUCUACGCUUUAGAAGAGGCCGAACUCAUCAGACCAGGCAACGACAGGGAUGCAAAAAGAGGUCGCGCGUUGGGCGGAGAUUCUGGAUUGACAAGAGUUGGGGGAGGGCCUCUCGAUCCUAGCUGGCUGAAUGCAAGGGCCACGGACAAGGUUGGGACCAGCAUGAGACGAGAGCUUCUGGCUCAAGCGCGGGAAUUCGUCGAACGAGUAGCACAGCCGUCACGGAAUGGCAAUGUCUCAAGUAAAGAGUCGGAAGUUGGGGAAACCAAGGACAGAGAUGAGCAAGAGUCCGGCUGA